GUAUGAAGUACCAUCUCUUGCCUCACCGGCGCCCCCUGCUGCAGAGCCCCAGAACCAGACCUCGUAAAUCUACUGUAGGAGCCAUGUUCGCUGUUGGGGGUAUGGACGCUACCAAAGGAGCCACCAGUAUAGAGCAGUACUGCCUGCGUCGGGAUGCGUGGAGCCAGGUGGCGGUGAUGAGCGGGCGUAGACUCCAGUUCGGGGUGUGUGUGUUGGACCGCCGCCUGUACGUGGUCGGUGGUCGGGACGGACUCAAGACCCUCAACGCCGUGGAAUGUUACGACCCGGACGGUAACAGCUGGAGCGUCAUGACGCCCAUGUCCACCCACAGACACGGGCUGGGUGUGACAGUACUUGAGGGUCCAAUGUAUGCAGUAGGAGGGCAUGAUGGGUGGAGCUACCUCAGUACUGUAGAGAGGUGGGAUCCUCAGGCUCGUCAGUGGAGCUUCAUCGCCAGUAUGGCAACACCUCGAUCUACUGUCGGAGUAGCUGUACUCAGCGGAAAGUUGUAUGCAGUAGGGGGUCGUGAUGGAAGCUCCUGUCUGCGCUCAGUUGAGUGUUUUGACCCCCACACCAACAGGUGGAGCUGCCGCGCUCCGAUGGCGAAGCGUCGCGGCGGGGUGGGCGUGGCUACCUGGAACGGUUUCCUGUACGCUAUCGGAGGACAUGACGCUCCCGUCUCCAGCCUGGAGUCACGACUCAGCGACUGUGUGGAGAGGUACGACCCCCAGACGGAUGCGUGGACGGCGGUAGCCCCCAUGAGUAUCAGUCGUGACGCUGUCGGUGUGUGUCUCCAUGGAGACCGUCUCUAUGCGGUCGGCGGUUACGAUGGAACGGUGUACCUGAACACGGUGGAGGCCUACGAUCCUCAGAACAACGAGUGGAGACAGGUGGCUCCACUGUGUCUGGGCCGGGCUGGGGCCUGUGUGGUGGCUGUCAAACUGUGAACACACACACACCUGAACACUCUUUGGACCCUCCCCAUUCUUCCUUGUCUCCAGGGUUACCUCCAAUGGGAUGACGUUUAACGCCAACAUUCCACUAAAACCAGGAAGACAGACAUUAUAGACAUUGAGUUGGAGAGGAGAUUACUGACUACAGAUUGAAGAGCUCUCUCUCUCUCUCUCUCUCUCUCUCUCUCUCUCUCUGUCUCUCUCUCUCUCUGUCUCUCUCUCUCUGUCUCUCUCUCUGUCUCUCUGUCUCUC